GCACGAACCUUUGCGCAUACGCAUCGCGCACUAAGAGUAUCUAUAUAAGCAAACGUCCUCUCGCUGCCUCAUUAAUAAGGCACCCAGUGGCUGUAGCUCUCACUACCGCGGACGACAAGUAUAACAUAACAAGACAUUAUUUUUUUAAAUAUGGACAAGAAAAACAAUAACCAGAAAAACCCCGGGCUGGCAACAUCUGUCGAGGAGGCGCUUAGCUAUACAGGUUUUGGCAAGUACAACUUCGGUCUGCUGUUGAUCUGCAGCUGGACGUUGCAGGCGAUGGGGAUGGACAUGUUCGGCACCAGCUUCGUGGUAGCAGCUGCUGUUUGUGACCUGGACUUGGAUAUGCAGAAGCGAGCGCUGCUCACCGCCACACCUUUAGCGGGCGUGGUGGCCGGAGCGCACCUGUGGGGCUACAUAGCAGACACAAGAGGCCGGCGGCUGACACUGUCGCUGUCAAUGUCUAUAGGCUUCGUCUUCGCCGCUCUGAGCAGUCUGUCGCCUGACUGGAGGACUAUGAUGGUACUGAAACUGUUGUCUGCCACUUUCACGUCAGCAAGCAACGCAAGCGCAUACACGUUGUUAGGAGAGAGCUGCAGCGCGCGUGCGCGGGGCCGCGCCAUGCUGCUUUGCACAUGCGCUCUAAUGUGCUCGCAAGCUAUUGCUGCAGUAUUCGCCUACCCUAUCCUCCCCCUGUCCUUCUCCUACCCCAUCGAGUUCCUCGGCAUCAGCUACCGUCCCUGGCGUCUCCUGGCCUUCGUCUUAUCCCUCCCCUGCUUAGCCACGGCCAUCCUGCUACAGCUCUUCCACGAGAGCCCCAAGUUUCUGGUGACCAGCUCUCGGUAUGAGGAGGCUCUGGAGGUGCUGAAGAAAAUUUAUGCAUGCAAUACUGGGAAGAGUGUUGAUGAUUUUCCGGUGAAGAAAUUAGUGGAAGACGAAGAAGACGCGUCGUCACUGAGUCAGGAGACCUUCUUCAAGGCCCUGUGGCACCAGACCGUCCAGCUCUUCCGUCCACCUCUCCUGAAGAACACGCUCAAACUGUUCUACUUAAUCAUCAUUAUUUACAUGACUGGGAGUGGCUUUGUGCUGUGGCUGCCGUACAUCAUGAACAACCUGUUCUCAGUAAUUGAUAAUGGCGGCGGUUCUGGGAUGAACCUCUGUACCAUCAUUCGACAUGGCAGCAAUAAUCUCCUCGUUGCUGAUAAUUCCACGUCAAUCACAGUCUGCAACGACACCAUCCAAGAGACAACCCUGCUCUCAGCCAUGACGUAUGGCGCCUUCGCCGCCUCCGCCAACCUCCUUCUUUCCCUCACCUGCGAAGCGAGGAAGCGGGUGGCCAUGAUGGGAAUCCUCGCCAUGUCGGCUUUAGCAGCAGUUUUGUUGAAUGUGGUGCACGUGCCUAUUGCUGGAGGGGUGUUCUUCUUCAUGUUCCUGUUGUGUGCGCUCUCGAUGGGGAUACUGAGCGUGUAUUUUGUGGAACUGUACCCGACUUCUGUGAGGGGCAUGGCGUCAUGCUUGUCGGUGAUGCUGGGACGGUCCAGCGCGUUCUUAGGAGUCAACGCCAUUGGGGCGCUGCUUCAGAUCAGCUGCGAGACUACUUUCUAUGUCUGGGCCGUCUUAUUACUCAGUGCAAUUGUUUUUGCGUGGCUACUACCAAAGGAUAAAGUCGUAAAGGGGGGUGAUGUUGAACAAACCAAACUGUAGUGUAAUGAGGCCUAAGAAAUGAAUUAAAGCGGAUAAAGAAGUUAAUAAUGUGAUAACCUACCACACACUUUGCUUCUCUAAGCAAACCAUAGGGUUUGUGCAAAAUAUGGUAGCAUAAACAUUUUUUGAUGCUGUGAGGAUUGACCAACAAAUACUCAUACUUUUUCAAGAUGAAUUUGAGGUUCAUAAAUUGUGUAACUUUCUUACUCAUAGGUUAAGGGUGUAAUAGAAACGAUAUGGGGCAUUUUCUAUGAAAAGGGACCUUAUUGUCGAUGGCGCUUACGCCGCACAGCGUCGCGCGGCAUUGUAUUUAUAUCGGAGCAUCGUUUAUAAUGGCGUAAGCGCCAUCGACAAUAAGGUCUCUUUUUAUAGAAAAUACCACAUUCUAUUUUUGAAUCAAUGCGUUCCUUAGUCAGAUACGCAUUACUUCGAAUAUCUUAAAUUACCAACACCGAUAAUUUACUAUGUGCGGUAACCGUCAGGCGGUUAAUAUUGUUCCUAUACAUAGAUAUUUUAUAUCUACAAGAUCUAUUACAUUAUGAUGCAUUUGAUUUUGAUAUUAUACAGGGUGAUUAAAUGGACGCAGCAUAGAUUAUUUAUUUUUUCUGACCCCUAACUUAUCUCUGGCGGACAAAAAAACAUGAAAGUAGUUAAACACCGUUCUUGUUAUAACCCUGUAUGAAUCAUUAGCAAACCUUUGUUUUCUAUUAGUACAGUCAAAAAUAAUAAUUUCACUACCAAUUCGUACCUUGUCACAGUGAGAAUCAAUAUGAAAGUCGCUAGAUACCUCAUACUGUGAACUGUGACAAGGUGACAAGAUACGAAACGGUACUGAAAUUAAAUUCCUUGACCAAACGUACAUACAUAUUUAUUCGUACCUAUACGCACGUUUUACACGUUUAACGAUACGUAUACAUUUUAAAACCAUUAUAUUAUUGAAAUAAGGCUUUUACUUUUAAAUUUAGGUUAAUUAUUUUUACAUAUAAGUAAGCGUAUUUUAUUUAUUUUAGUGCUAUACGACUGAAAUACUUUAUGAUGUUACUUAGGAGCAGGCCUCCGUACUGUGUACUGAUUAUAAAUGUGUACCUGAACUUAAACUGAUAGUUUAAUAAGAUGGCCAAAUGCAUUAUAAAAUUAAUUAAUGUUCAUUUAGUCGACUAUUACAGUUUUGAAUGAUUCACGGUUAGUUUUACUAGACUUAUACCGACCGGAAUAUGGACCGUGAUUACCUUUGACACCUACCCGCUAUCUUCA